AUGAAGUUCUCGACAUUGGCCCUCUUCUUCUCUUCCCAGCUGCUGCUGGCGACCUCGCUGCCCCUCUCCGCCAACCCGGCCACUGGCUUAGUCUCCCGGAACGACGGCCCCGUGGCGGGCUUGAGCAUGACGAAGCGGGUGUCCGCCGAGGCCGCUGCCGGCAAGGCCAAGGAGGGAGCCAAGGAGGGCGCCGAGAAGGGCGCCGAGGAAGAAGCCAAGGAGGGCGAGCAGGAGCUCGAGGGCCAGUUCACCGUCCCCUUGCGGCUGGGCGGCGCAAACGUCAAGCAGGACGUCCUCUUCCCCCCCGGCACCAACGGCCGUCUCGAAGUCGAGUUCCAGAACUCCGUCGGUCGCACCCUCACCGUCACCGAGAACAGGAGUCCGGCAGCCGCGCCCCCGGGCUUCGUGGCCGUCGAGCCCGUCUCCUACAGCAUCAACUUGGCCGAGGGCGCCCAGGGCCUGACGCUGUCCAAGGUCGACUAUAUCCUCAACCCCGGCAACGCGUUGGACAUCAAAAAGGGACAAGUCGGCCGCCUCUUCAAGGAGAUCAACGCCUUCAUCAUCGACCCCGCCCUCGGCGAGCUCGAGUUUGAGGCCGAGGAGAACGAGCUGACGCUGACUGUCGCCAACAUGAACGGCGAGUUCGCCAUCUUCAUCCCGCAGGCCGCUGCGGCCGCGCCACCGGCUGCAGCAGAGGCAUAG